UUUGCAGAAGACUGAUCCAGGAUUAUGAUCUAAAAAGAGGAGGCGAAGGCAGGAGGUGGCGGGGUGGGGGUGGGGGUAGGAAGGAAAGAAAAGUCGGUUUUCGAUUCAGCCUCGGAGGAGCUGUCGGAUUGUGCUCGGGAUUGGGCUUUGGGUGUCUGCGGGGAGAGACGCAUCUCCCCCUCCCCUCCCCUCCUGUGUCCCCUCCUUGUUUUUGUUUUGUUUUUCCAUCCCGCGAGAAAACACACAAGGAAAGAAAGCUCUAUGAAUGCAUGUAUAUGUAUGCAUGCAUGUGUGUCUUCACUGGGUGUCGCAAGAGGAAAGGCGAAAUAAUCCUAUUGCAAAGAGCAACGAAAAGGAGACAGUUCUUCUUAGCUUUUUUCAUCGCCCCCCCCCUCACUUAAACCUGCCUUCUUAUUUAUUGGAGAAAUCUCCUAGGAUCCUUCUUCACUCCAGAGCGUGCUUAAUCCCAGGGAACAAUACAAGUGAAGCCAUCUAACCAUGGUGGUUUUUAAUGGCAUGCUGAAAAUCAAAAUCUGCGAAGCAGUGAAUCUGAAGCCCACCGCUUGGUCACUACGGCAUGCCGUGGGUCCCAAGCCACAGACCUUCUUGCUAGACCCAUACAUUGCUCUCAAUGUGGACGAUUCCAGGAUCGGACAAACCUCGACCAAGCAGAAAACCAACAGCCCCUCCUGGAACGACGAAUUUGUCACUGAUGUUAGCAAUGGCAAGAAGAUUGAGAUGGCCGUGUUCCAUGAUGCCCCCAUUGGGUACGACGAUUUUGUGGCCAACUGUACGAUCCAGUUUGAGGACUUGCUGCAGAAUGGGAGCCGCCACUUUGAGGACUGGGUAGCUCUCAGUCAGAGACCAGAAUUCUUGUAAACCACCAUCUCUCCAAAAUCCCCUGGAAAAAAGCAAUCCCACAGCCGAGGCAUCCUACAUGCAGGAGUCCAAGUUCCCAACAGCAAGAAUGUAGACAUUCGUACCAUGAUUGUUUAAUGAUGGAUUUAUUACACAGACUUAAGGAAUAUCUACACAUUGGUUUAAUGAUACGGCAGAGCUGAAAGAACAGAUUGCCUGGCUUUGGUAUACUUCUGUGUCAUGCUAUCUUCUCCUGUGAAACAUUGAGAAAGUGAUAGAAGGCACCAAAUGCAGUUACAAUUCAGUUUUAAGUUUUCUGCAACAUGACUCACAGCUCUAUAGGCCAAGAGUGCAGCCCAAAUACAAUAUAGUUAUAGAAAACCUACUGGUAGAAGAGUGAAUUCCAUUAGUGCUGAGAACAUCUGAUUGUCAGAGCAGGUGUUUCUCUGUUCCAGUAGCUUCCCAAUUAUCUUGCUUUAUUUUUAUGAUUGUUUAUCAUGAGGUACGUUUUGCUUCAUUUGAAAGUAUGAUCAUCCAGUUGCAAAGAUUUGCUUGAAUCACAUUUCUAGAACGCUAACGGCCUCUAACAACAGGCUACCCAUAAAGUAUAGUUUUCCCAUUAGUUGAAAGGAUAUUGACUGGGGAAGCUAAAAGCAAAGGAAGGAGUAAUAUUUUGGAGUAAAGAAUGAGCUCUGCUUUUGGAGCAGAAUUCAUGAACAUCCAGAAAAAUGGUCUGAAACACAUCUUGGUGGUGGGAAUUUUUGGAUUGCAGCGCUCACACCUCCUGAACCACCUUGGUCAUCAGUCAGCCAGGCUAGUGUUUUUUAAGGAGGUGUAGUUCAAAAAAAAAGUAACUUUCCAAGCUCUGUUCUGAAGGCCUGUGAUGUAUCUACCACACUAAACUAUUCAUUUGCCUGGAUGUCAGGUUGCCAUGGGAAAUCAUAAUUUCCAUGCUGGCAGGAAAGUGGAAUAUAAAUAUAAUAAGAGCUUUUGCAUGCAGUGUGUAGAAGCCACCCCACUGCUAAGUGGACAUUGAACAAGAAACUGUAACCAAAUCCACUUCCCUGACAAAUUUAAUUGUAUUAUAUAUGAGUUUAUCAUGUUGGGACAUUUUAGCUUUCUUUGUGCCCUCUAGAAAAAGAAAAAGAAAGAGGUGCAUGCAUAAGGUGUAAAGUGUCCUUCAACAAAUGUUGACUGAUACUGUGUUUUACUCCAGAAACGGAAAACAAAAUACAUUUAUAGAGAAUUUUAAAAGGAAGAAGUCAUAAGGUGA